CAUGUGUGGGUGUCGUCCUCCGGGCCAGCAGGGGGCGCUGCCGCCAUCACACGUCCUGCUGAAGACAAGUUGCAAAGUCAGCCUUCCGCUAUCGAGGCACAGCUGCUGAGUCCAGGAGGAAGAGGAGCAAAAAUCCUCUGAAAAUGGGUUUCGUCAAAGUGGUGAAAAACAAGUCCUACUUCAAGAGAUAUGAAGUGAAGUUCAGGAGGAGGAGAGAGGGGAAAACUGACUUCUUCGCCCGCAAGCGCCUGGUCGUGCAGGACAAGAACAAGUACAACACACCCAAGUACCGCAUGAUCGUCAGGUUCUCCAACAGGGACCUCUGCUGCCAGAUUGCCUAUGCAAGGAUUGAGGGAGACCAUAUCGUGUGUGCUGCUUACUCUCACGAGCUGCCCAAAUAUGGCAUCACUGUGGGCCUUACUAACUACGCUGCAGCCUACUGCACCGGGCUGCUGCUGGCUCGCAGGCUUCUGCAUAAGUUCGGCAUGGACCAAGUGUACGAGGGCCAGGUGGAGGUGACGGGAGAUGAGUUCAAUGUAGAGAGCAUUGACGGACAGCCGAGCGCCUUCACGUGUUACCUGGAUGCGGGUCUGGCCAGAACCACCACAGGGAACAAGGUGUUUGGAGCCUUAAAGGGGGCUGUGGACGGCGGGCUGGCCAUUCCUCACAGUUUAAAACGCUUCCCCGGUUACGACACAGAGAGUAAGGAGUUCAACGCAGAGGUGCAUCGCAAACACAUCCUGGGCAUGAACGUGGCAGACUACAUGUCUUACCUGAUGGAGGAGGACGAGGAUGCCUACAAGAAACAGUUCUCGCGCUUCAUCAAGAACGGAGUCACGCCAGACACAGUAGAAGAAAUGUAUAAGAAAGCACACGCCAGCAUCAGAGCUAACCCAGUACACGAAAAGAAACCGAAAAAAGACGUCAAGAAGAAGAGGUGGAAUCGCGCCAAGUUAUCUCUGGCACAGAGGAAGGACCGUGUCGCCCAGAAAAAGGCCAGUUUCUUACGAGCGCAAGAACAAGAAGAAGGGGACGGUUAGACGCUCUGCUGCGAAGACACACCACACAUCACAGACAAAUAAAUUUAUUUCAAACUCAA